AUGGCUGGAGCUGGAACAUCGAUGCUGGGCUCUCUUCUUGUGUUCACAGUGAUCCUCUCUGUUCAAUCAAUUUACAGAGGAAAGUUAGCGUCUUCAGAACUCUUCACCAUCCUUGGAGGAUUCUCAAGCUCUCUCCUUUUCCUGUUUUCUCUCACUUUCAUUGGCAAUUUCCAGGAAUCUUCUGGCUUGAAGAGUGGCUGGGGCUCAGUGAUUCUUGCAGAGAUCAUAGCCCUUAUUGCUGCAAGCACGGUGCAUAGGGUUUGUAUUACAACCUGUUUCUUGUUCUCUGCUGGGCUUUUUUACGAGAUGAACAAGAUCUCAGGCUACAUGCUUUCCAAGACCGAAUCAAAAUCUAAGAGACACUGA